AUGAUAGAAGACAUAGAUGUUGAUGAUUCCUUGGUUAUAGAAGACUUAGAUGUUGAUGAUUCCUUGGUUAUAGAAGACGUAGAUGUUGAUGACGAGAUGAUAGAAGAUCAAAAUGAUAGAAACUUGCUUCGUAAUGGUCCUUUAGAACCAUGCAUUGGUUUGGAAUUUGAUGAGGUCGAAGAUGCUCGUACGUGUUAUAAUGCUUAUGCAAGGAAAAAGGGUUUUAGUAUUAGGAAAAAUCAUACUCGACUAUCAAAGGAAGAUAAGUCAUUGAUUGCAGUAGAUUUUGUUUGUUCAAGGCAAGGAUUUCGUAGUAAGAUUUAUCACAAGAAAACCCAUAUAAAGUCGAAGCCUGCAAAAACAAGGGUAGGAUGUAAAGCAUUGAUGGGCUUAAAGAAGGUGGGGUUAAGAUGGACUAUAAGUAAGUUCGUAGUUCAACAUAAUCAUGAGCUUCUUAGUCCUAAAAGUACACGUUUUCUUCGUGGACAUAGAGAGGUAACAAGUGCACAAAGAAGUCUUAUAGAUACACUUAAUGACUCCGGUGUACCUCCAAGGAAAAUAAUGUCGGUGUUGAGUAAGGAAUGUGGUGGUGACUAUAAUAUUGGGUGUAUUGGUAAAGAUGUUGAAAAUUAUUUGGGCAACAAAAGAAGAGUUCUUAUUGGAAAAGGAGAUGCACAACGAAUGUAUAAUUAUUUUAUGGAGAGCCAAUGCAAAAACCCAAGUUUUUUUUUCUCAAUCGAAGUCGAUGAAAAUGGAUGUAUGGGUAAUUGCUUUUGGGCAGAUGCUAGAUCACGAGCUGCAUACCAGUAUUUUGGAGAUGUUGUUACUUUUGAUGCUACUUACUUGACAAAUCGUUAUAGGAUGCCUUUUGUUCCUUUUACCGGAGUUAACCAUCAUCAUCAAUCUGUUAUGUUUGGAUGUGCUUUGCUUGUAAAUGAAACGGCUGAAUCUUAUACAUGGUUGUUGAAAACAUGGCUUAAGGCAAUGCUUGGACGUGCUCCUUUUACAAUUAUCACAGAUGAUGACAAGGCUAUGGGUAAGGCAAUUGCAAAGGUACUACCAAAUACUACUCAUAGACUGUGUUUGUGGCAUAUCUUACAAAAGGUUCCAGAAUAUUUGGCUCAUAUAUAUAAUAAGUAUUCAUCUUUCCAAUUAGACUUUAACCAUUGUAUUCAUAGCACACUCACAAUUGAAGAGUUUGAGACAGAAUGGGGAGAACUUGUAGGAAAGUAUGAGUUGGGAGAGAAUGAUUGGUUGAAAAAACUCUAUAUGCGGCGUGCGAAGUGGGUGCCGGCUUACUUGCGAAACUCAUUUUGUGCCGGCAUGUCUACAACUCAACGGAGUGAGAGUAUAAAUAAGUUUUUUAAAGAUUAUGUUCGUUCAAGCACAAUGGUGAGUGACUUUGUCCAUCAAUAUGAGAAAGCCUUGGAUGCACGUUACAUUAAAGAGAAAGAAAAAGAUGUCAGGACAAAAACUUCUAGACCAAUUUUGAAAACAUGCUAUAAGAUGGAAGUUCAAGUGGCAAGUGUUUACACAAGAAAGUCAUUUUUGAUGUUUCAAGAAGAGCUAUUUAAUAGUCAAAAAUACACUUCAUCUAAACAUCGGGAAGAAGGAGGUACAAAGAUAUAUAUGGUGGCCCAUCAUGGGAGAGAAAAUCCAUUUUAUGAAGUUAAACUUGAAAUUAUUGAGAAGAAAGUGACUUGUACAUGUCGCAUGUUUGAAUUUGUUGGAAUACUAUGUAGACACAUUCUUCAAGUUUUGUUGAAGAAAUCUUUUGAGGACAUCCCCCAACAAUAUGUUUUAGAGAGAUGGACAAUCAAUGCCAAGAGUCGCAUUAUACAUGACAUUUCUAGUGAUGAAAUAGAAGUAGGGAGACAAAAUUCUUCCAUCUUGUUGAAAAAUAGCUUAAAGUUGGAAUUCGAUAAUGUUGUAGAAUUGGGGCCCCAUUCGAAAAAAAAAUAUGAACAUAUUAGCAUUGCUUUACAAAAGCUUCGUAACGAGCUUAUGACAAUGGAUGAUGAUUGUGAGAAAGAUAUAGAGGAAGUUGAUGAUGUAGGAAAGGACGACCCAAAUCUUUGA